UCCAGCUGGAAGGAGAGUUUGUCAGCGAGCAGUUAACUCCUGCUGGAGAAACAUUCCCAGAGUUUAAAGGAAGAUUAGAUCAGAUCGAGGAGGAGAAGAUGGAUGAUCAGCACAGACUGCUGGAUUUCACCAGGAUCCCCCAGAUCAUCUUACACCGGAUAGACCGCCUGUUAGAUUAUGCUGGAAAAGAGGAGGAUUUCUCUGAGCAGCAGCUCUGGAAACAGGAGAGGAAUUCCAGUUUGGACCAAGAGGAACCAGAACCUCUGCAGAUGAAAGAAGAGCAGCUAAAGCCAGAAGAUCCCUGGACUAAAGAGGAAACCAUGGAGCUCCCCAUCAGUGAGCAGGAGGAGCAGCUGCUUCUCAAGCAGGACGAUGAAGAUAAAUGUAUGGUGACUCCUACUGCUGUAGAAAAUGAUCACAUUAAACCAGAACCAAUCAGGGAUCAGCUCAUCAUUGAGGACUAUAGUGAAACUCAGAACCAGGAUUCAGAAGAAAUCCAUCAAGUAUGCUCAGGAUCAGAGAAGGAUAAAGAGUCCACAGAGAGUAAGAUAUCUCAGAAAACCAAGCAUAAAAACUGUGGUAGGGGUUUAAAGCGUAAAAGGCAUGAGGAAAAUCACACAGAUAACAGUGUUCACUGUUGUACAAUUUGCACUGAGUCUUUUUCUCAGAAGAGUGACUUGGUUUUACACCUUAAAAGUCACAGUGGAGAGAAACCUUUCUCAUGUACGACAUGUGGAGAAAGCUUUCUAAAGAAAACAUAUUUAAAGGUUCACAUGAGAACUCACACAGACCUCCUGCAGGUUGGAAAAGAGGAGGAUUUCUCUGAGCAGCAGCUCUGGAAACAGGAGAGGAAUUCCAGUUUGGACCAAGAGGAACCAGAACCUCUGCAGAUGAAAGAAGAGCAGCUAAAGCCAGAAGAUCCCUGGACUAAAGAGGAAACCAUGGAGCUCCCCAUCAGUGAGCAGGAGGAGCAGCAGGAGGCUGGAGACCUCCUGCAGGUUGGAAAAGAGGAGGAUUUCUCUGAGCAGCAGCUCUGGAAACAGGAGAGGAAUUCCAGUUUGGACCAAGAGGAACCAGAACGUCUGCAGAUGAAAGAAGAGCAGCUAAAGCCAGAAGAUCCCUGGACUAAAGAGGAAACCAUGGAGCUCCCCAUCAGUGAGCAGGAGGAGCAGCUGCUUCUCAAGCAGGAGGAAGGAGAUAAAUGUAUGGAGACUCCUACUGCUGAAGAAAAGGACCACAUUAAACCAGAACCAAUCAGGAACCAAGUCGUCUAUCAGGACUUGAGAGAAGUUCAGAACCAGGAUUCAGUAGAAAUCCACCCAAAACACUCAGGAUCAGAAGGAGAUAAAGGUUCCAAACAGAGCAAGAAAUGCCAGCAAACCAUAACGACUAUAAACGUUGCCAACAGUUCCAAACCCAAAGGGCACGAGGAAACUCACGCAGAUAACAGUUUGUACUCCGGUACAAUUUCUGGUGAUUCUUUUUCUCAAAAUAGUCACUUGGUUCAACACUUGAAAAGUCACAAGGGAGAGAAAACGUUUCCAUGUCUGACAUGUGGAGAAAACUUUCUGAGAAAAACUCAUUUAAUGGUUCAUGUGAGAACUCACACAGGCGAGAGGAUUUAUAAAUGUCCUUCCUGUGAAAAAACCUUCAGUAAUAAAUCUGGGCUAAAGGCACACAAAAGAGUUCACACAGGUGAGAAGCCCUUCUCCUGUUCAAUGUGUGGCAAAAGUUUUACCUUAAAAGGUAAUUUGAAUUAUCACUUAAAAACUCACUCAGACGAAAAGUCUUUCACGUGUCUGUCCUGUGGAAAAUGCUUCCAUAAUAAAUGUGGUCUUCAAGUACACAUCAGAAUUCACAGCGAGGAGAAGCCGUUCUCCUGUACAAUUUGUGGCAAAAGUUUUACUCUGAAAGGUAACUUGACUGAACACAUGGUAACUCACUCAGAGGAAAGGCCUUUUUGCUGUAAGAUGUGUAAAAAAACCUUUAAAAGAAGAUUUCUGUUAACAAACCAUAUGAGAUCCCACACAGGUGAGAAGCCUUUUAGAUGUUUGUCCUGUGGGAAAAGCUUCUCUCGUAAGUUUCACCUUGAUCAACACAUCAGGGUCCACACAGGUGAGAACCCUUUCCAAUGUCCAUCCUGUGGAAAAAGUUUCACUCGUAAAACGUAUCUUGACGAACACGUUAGAACUCAUUCAGGUGAGAGCGCCGUUAAAUGUCCGUUGUGUGGAAAAAGCUUCACGCGCAAAUCCAAUCUCGAUCAUCACCUCAGAAUCCACACAGGUGAGAAGCCUUACUCUUGCACAGUUUGUGGGAAAAGUUUUACUCAAAGUGGGAAUUUGACUUGUCACAUCAGGCUUCACACAGAGAAACCUUUCUCCUGUGCGAUUUGUGGCUUAAGUUUUACUAAAAAAGGUCAUUUGAUUCCUCAUAUGCGAACUCACGCAGGUGAAGAGAAUUUCGAAUGUCCGUCCUGUGGAAAAAUCUUUUGUCAUAAAUCUACUCUCCGCAGACACAUCAGAACUCACACAUGUAAAAAGUCUUCCUCUUGAGCAAUUUUAUUCAUAAAAAUAAUUUGAGGCACUUGACAACUGAUAGAGGUGAGAAAUGUUGUUCAUGCAUGACAUGUGGAAACAUUCUGUUUACCUUCACCAUUGAGGUCAUGUUUUCACCGCCGUUGGUUUGUCUGUUUAACUAAAGAAGCUAUGGACGGAUUAUGGUGAAAUUUUCAGAGGAGGCGCGUAUUGUGACUGGAAACUAAUGAUUACAUUUUGGUGAUGAACCAGAUCAGGAUCUGGAUCAAGGAAUGUUUUGAAAUUUUCUGUGAAUUCAGCUGUUAACUUGAGGUGAAAGUCACACAAUGCCAGCGGAAAUGAGCUACUUGGCAACGUCUCCAUCCGCUUUCUAGAAAAGAAAACAUGCUUGACAUUAGGAGCCACAGCAGUGAGAUGCCACAGGAAUGCGCAUAAGCGCUACUUUCCAUGUUUGACUCAUGAUAAAAUGUCCAUCUAUACGUUUUUUCACCACAUCACAAAGUCCACAUGUUCAAAUGUCCAGCGAUGUUUGGGGAAACCUUUCAUUGACGCCGUUAAUCUGCUGUUCUGUUGUGUUUUAUAACUGGAACAAAUGCAGUAUUUAGUCAGCCCCUCUUUGUGUAAGCUCUAAGAAAAAUGGGAGGUCGGUCAUGUUCAUCAUAGCUACACCUUGAUGUAGAAUUUUCUAACAAUUAUUUGCAAACUAUGUUGGAAAAUACGUAUUUGGUCGAUAACAGAAGUUUAACUCUAGACUUUGCUGCAUAACCUUUGUAGAAGGUGACAGAGGUCAAACGUUUCCUGUAAGUCCUCAGCAGGUUUGUACGCAGUGUAGCUGCUGUUUUAACCCAUUCAGAUGAAAAUGACUCACAAUUAAAACACUUCUCAUUUAUUGAAUGUAUGAUAUAAUGAAUGUAUGGAAUGAGGAUGUAAUAAUUUCAUAUUUACUUUCAGGAGUUCUGAAUAUGACCGGACUUUGCCUUUAAAGGUUCAUUACUUGAUUCUUCAUUCUCUAAUUGCACAGACACUAUGACAGCCCUCAGAGUUAAAAAAUAAGAAAACAGCAAUGUGUCCAAUGUUUUCAAAAUAGUUUUAUUUUGUUAGACACGUGAAAAUGAUUUAUACCCCAAAAUAAUCCUACUAAUAUGUUGACUGUCUGUAGAACCUGUUUUACUUUAUAUUUCUGCAAAGAUGAACUGUACGCUUUCUAUGUUUUAAUAAAAUUUAUAGAUUCUAUUUUUCUGGGACUCCUG